AUGGUGUCGGGCAUAGUGUUUAGCAACUCCAAUGUGGCCAUUGGUGGCCUCAUUGCGGCGGAAUUGCUGCAAUCGAGCAAUGCGAUUGAGGUAGGCUGGGGCACCGAAACGUCGAUCAAGUUUGCCAACCACUCGCUGGUGUGCAUCACAAACAACGAUGUGCUGCGCGCUCUGGCCCGGUUGGCUCCAACGUACCGGCUGUACGGUGCAACACCGAUCGAACGCACGCAAAUUGAUCACUGGCUAACGUACACGCUGUCGAUGGAGAAAGACCCAUCGGAUGAGUUGACGUAUCUGAACAAAUGUCUUGGCCCGCUAACGUAUCUCGUGGCAAACCAUCUGACCAUUGCUGAUUUGGCCGUUUUCAACGAACUGUACGCACGGUACGAGGAGCUGAAGCGGAUCGGUAUUCCAGUGCACGUGCAGCGCUGGUACAACCUGAUGCUGGCACAACCGAGCACCGUGGAAACGUUCCGCAAGUAUGGCCAAGAGUUGGCGCAGUGCAGUGCAACUGCGGCAGCGGUGGCACGUACGAAGAAGGAGCCCACUCCCGACAAGGGCUCAGAGCGGGCAAGGGAACAGGGCAAGUUUGUGGACCUCCCGGGAGCCGAAAUGGGCAAAGUGGUCGUUCGUUUCCCACCGGAAGCGUCCGGUUAUUUGCACAUUGGCCACGCGAAGGCCGCCCUACUGAACCAGUACUACCAGCAAGCGUUCCAGGGAACACUGAUCAUGCGCUUCGACGAUACGAAUCCGGCCAAGGAGAACGUACACUUCGAACAGGUGAUCCUGGGUGAUCUGAAAAUGCUACAGAUCGAGCCGGAUCUUUUCACGCACACCUCGCAGUACUUCGAUCUGAUGCUCGACUACUGCGUGCGGCUGCUGAAGGAAGGAAAAGCGUACGUUGACGACACGGACCCGGAGCAGAUGAAGAAGGAGCGCGAAGAGCGGGUCGAGUCGAAGAACCGCAGCAACGCCCCGGAGCGCAAUCUGGCGAUGUGGGCCGAAAUGGUGAAGGGCUCCGCGGCGGGCCAAAAGUGUUGUGUUCGCGCCAAGAUUGACAUGUCAUCGGCGAACGGGUGCAUGCGCGAUCCGACGAUCUAUCGGUGCAAAAAUGAGCCACAUCCGCGGACGGGCACCAAGUACAAAGUGUACCCGACGUACGACUUUGCCUGUCCCAUCGUCGACGCGAUCGAAAACGUAACGCACACGCUGCGCACAAUGGAGUACCACGAUCGGGACGAGCAGUUUUACUGGUUCAUUGAGGCACUCGGACUGCGCCGACCGUACAUCUGGGAGUAUAGCCGACUGAACAUGACAAACACGGUUCUGUCGAAGCGUAAGCUCACGUGGUUCGUGGAACAGGGGCUGGUGGAUGGUUGGGAUGAUCCACGGUUUCCGACCGUGCGAGGAAUCCUGCGCCGGGGCAUGACCGUCGAAGGGCUGCGCGAGUUUAUCAUUGCCCAGGGCUCGAGCAAAUCGGUCGUGUUUAUGGAGUGGGACAAGAUUUGGGCGUUCAAUAAGAAAGUGAUCGAUCCGAUCGCUCCACGCUACACGGCACUGGAGGCAGAACGUCGCGUUCCGGUGAUUGUGGCCGGUGUACAACCGGGCACCAUGCAGGCUGCCGUGCAUCCGAAAAAUGCGGAGAUCGGCCAGAAGACGGUACACUUUGGACCGCGCGUGCUGAUCGAUUUGGCCGAUGCGAAAGAGCUGAAGGAGGGCGAGAAUGCAACGUUCAUCAACUGGGGAAAUUUGAUGGUUCGGAAGGUGAACCGGGGAUCGGAUGGUGAACCGGUUUCGGUGGACGCAACGCUCAACCUGGACAACAAGGACUACAAGAAGACGCUCAAGCUGACGUGGCUCUGUGAGCUGCCGGCGGACCAGUACACUCCGACGUAUUGCGUGUACUUCGAGCACAUCAUCAGCAAACCGGUGCUGGGCAAGGAUGAAGAUUUCAAGAAUUAUAUCGGCCACCAAACGAGAACCGAAGUACCAAUGUUGGGCGAUCCGGAGCUGAAGAAGCUGGCCAAGGGAGACAUAAUACAGCUGCAGCGCAGAGGCUUCUUCAAGGUUGACCAAGCGUAUCAUCCGCCGAGUGAAUUCAGCGGUGCCGAGACGCCGAUCGUCCUGUUCGCCAUUCCCGACGGACACGCGACCACUCAGGCAACGGCCAACGUACCCAAGAAGGAAGUGACAGAGAGUAAGAAAGCGAAGCAACCGGCGAAAACUGCUACCGGUCCUGUAGCCAGUUCGGCUGCUGCUGCGGGUGCCAACAUUUUGGACAGCUCAAUCAUCCAGCAAGGCGAAACGGUGCGCAAACUGAAAGCGGCCAAAGCACCAAAGGCGGACGUCGACUUGGCGGUAAAAGUGCUGCUCGAUCUGAAAGCCCAAUACAAGGCGGUGACGGGUAGUGACUGGAAACCGGGUGCCGUUACCACCGCCCCAGUUGCUGCGGUAAGUUCCACCGCCACCGUUGCCGCAUCGGCCGACGCCACUGCACUGAAUGCAAAAAUCAUCGAGCAAGGCGGCGCAGUGCGUGACCUAAAGUCAAGUAAAGCACCGAAAUCCGAAAUCGACGCCGCCGUCAAAGAAUUGCUUAAUCUAAAAGCACAAUAUAAGAGCGCUACGGGAAGUGAUUGGGUAGCGGGAUCGGCAACACCCAGUAGUGCACCGAAUCAGCAGCAGCAACAGCCGCCAGCCAUCGGGGCCGAUGCACUGGAUGACAAAAUCGUCGCGCAAGGGAACUUGGUGCGAGAUUUGAAGGCGAAAAAGUCCCCUAAACCGGAGGUGGAUGCAGCGGUGAAGGAGCUGUUCGCACUGAAAGCACAGUACAAGGCGGCCAACGGCGGAAACGAGUGGAAACCAGCGCCCGUGGCUGCUUUGAAACAAGCCAACACGAAUAAUGCCUCUGGCGGCACCCCGGUGACGGAGUUGAACGACAAAAUCGUAUCCCAGGGUGACCUGGUACGUGAGUUGAAAGCUAAGAAAGCUCCCAAAGUAGACAUUGACGCCGCCGUGAAGGAGCUGCUUGCACUGAAAGCACAGUACAAGCAGGCGACCGGUGGUCACGAGUGGAAACCGGGCUGUGUUCCGCCGCCGGUGCCUGCCGGUGUCGCCAGCACGACGAACGAGGCCAUACUGCUGGAGCAGAAGAUUGCCACACAGGGGGAAAAGAUUCGCGCGCUGAAAGGCAGAAAAGCGGACAAGGCGACCGUCGACGCCGAGGUGAGUGUGCUGUUGAAACUCAAGGCAGACUACAAGUCGGCCACGGGCAAGGAUUGGAAACCAGCGGUGGCGGCGGUGAGUGGACCAGCAGCAGUAGCGCCGGUUAAGCCAGUAGAAUCUGGCAAAGAAAACAUGUCCCCAAGCGGCGGCGACGGCUCAGGGGAGAGGGAAGCGGCAGCCGAGAAGAUCAUCAAACAGGGUGACACGGUGCGCAGCUUGAAGAGUGCUGGUGCCGCGAAGCAGGCGGUGGAUGCUGCGGUCAAAGCGUUGCUCGAGCUAAAGGCGGACUACAAAAAGCUGACCGGCAGUGAUUAUGUUCCGCCGCCCGGUGCGGCCAAUGUCGGUGGCCGGCAGCAAUCUAAACCGGCACCGUCGAAGAAAGAAACGAAACCCCCGAAACAGGAGCCGAAGAAGCCGCAGGAACGGAAGGAAGAAGUCAGUGGUACGGGGCCCAAAAAGCAAACUCGACUCGGCCUGGAAGCGACCAAGGAGGACAACCUGUCGGAAUGGUACUCGCAGGUCAUCACGAAGGGUGAGAUGAUCGAGUACUACGACGUCUCCGGGUGCUACAUCCUGCGGCACUGGUCGUUCGCUAUUUGGAAGGCGAUCCGCACUUGGUUCGAUGCGGAGAUUACGCGGCUCGGCGUCAAGGAGUGCUACUUCCCGAUCUUUGUCUCGCGGGCCGCACUCGAGCGCGAGAAGUCGCACAUUGCCGACUUUGCACCGGAAGUGGCGUGGGUCACAAAGAGCGGCGACUCGGAGCUGGCCGAACCGAUAGCGGUGCGUCCGACGUCCGAAACCGUCAUGUAUCCGGCGUACGCCAAGUGGAUCCAAUCGUACCGCGAUCUCCCAAUACGGCUCAACCAGUGGAAUAAUGUGGUGCGCUGGGAGUUUAAACAUCCGCAGCCGUUCCUGCGCACGCGCGAGUUCCUGUGGCAGGAGGGCCACACGGCGUUCGCGACCAAAGCGGAAGCGGAGGAAGAGGUGCUAAUCAUUCUCGAUCUGUACGCAAAGGUGUACACGGACCUGCUGGCGAUUCCGGUCGUGAAGGGGCGCAAGACGGAGAAGGAAAAAUUUGCCGGCGGUGACUACACGACCACGGUCGAGGCGUACAUCUCGGCGUCGGGGCGCGCGAUUCAGGGAGCCACCAGUCACCAGCUGGGGCAGAACUUUUCGCGCAUGUUCGACAUCGUGUACGAGCACCCGGAAACGAAGGAGAAGGAGUACGUGUACCAGAACUCGUGGGGCAUCACGACGCGCACGAUCGGGGUGAUGGUGAUGGUGCACGCCGACAAUCGGGGGCUCGUGCUGCCGCCCCGCGUCGCCUGCAUCCAGGUGGUGAUCGUACCGUGUGGCAUCACGGUCACCACGACGGACGAGGAGCGGAAGCGGCUGUACGAGAGUUGCCGCGAGCUGGAGCAAUCGCUGGUGGGUGCUGGGAUUCGGUGCGAAGGCGACUAUCGGGACAACUAUUCGCCGGGCUGGAAGUACAACCACUGGGAGCUGAAGGGUGUUCCGGUGCGCAUCGAGCUGGGCUUCAAGGACCUGCAGAAUGGACAGUUUGUGGCGGUACGACGUGACGACGGGACGAAGCGAACGAUCCGGCGUGACCAGGCGACGGCCGAGUUGCCGAAGCUCCUCGAAACCAUCCACGGCAGUAUGUUCGCCAAGGCGAACCGGGAUCUGCACGAUCACAUCAAGGAGACCAAGGAGUGGCCCACGUUCUUGCAGUUCCUCGAAGAGAAGAACAUCAUUCUGACACCGUUCUGUGGCGUGACGGAGUGUGAGGAUCGCAUUAAGGCGGACAGUGUGCGAGACGAGGGAGCGGAAGCGGAACCGGGAGCACCUUCGAUGGGUGCCAAGUCACUAUGCAUCCCGUUCGACCAGCCGGCCCAGGUGGACCCGAAGAAGGACAAGUGCGUUCACCCGGCCUGUGGUCGUCCGGCCAAGUUUUACACGCUCUUUGGCCGAAGCUACUAAACCGCUCUCGGUCCCCCGUUGCGUCGACCGCAGUUGAGGAAGCGCGCUGUAACUAGUUGUC